AUGACAAUGACAGGACAGGGGCUGGGCCAGGCAAGAGCUGCUGCCUCAAAAUUGCCCCAAGGCCAUGGAACAAGGCUGUUGCCCCUCCAGGACCUGCAUAAAAGCCGGCCCAGAGCCUCACUCCCUCACACACUUCUCCUGACACCUUCUCCUUCGCCAGUCCAGACAGCAAGGACCCUCCACACCACACCCAUGGCCUGCUACGACCGCUGCAGUCCCUGCGGACCCACCCCGCUGGCCAACAGCUGCAACGAGCCCUGUGCCCUGCAAUGCCAGGAUUCCCGCGUCAUCAUCAACCCUUCCCCUGUGAUGGUCACCCUGCCAGGACCCAUCAUGACCUCCUUCCCCCAGAACACCGCCGUCGGAUCCACCUCCUCCGCUGCCGUGGGCACUGAGCUCGAUGCCCAGGGACAGCCCAUCUCUGGGGGCUUUGGUGGCUUUGGUGGCUUUGGCUACGGCCUUGGCUAUGGCCGUGGGUUUGGCUACGGCCUUGGCUAUGGCCGUGGAUUUGGCUAUGGCUGUGGAUUCGGCUAUGGGCAGGGCUAUGGCUACGGCCUUGGCUGCUAUGGCAGAAGGGGCUAUGGCUACAACUACUAA